UCCAUUCCCUAGGUAACACACUCCUGUUGUAUUUCCUGCCGUCGUGCUUUCGUGUCUCCCUCUGCUCUGGCCGCUUCACUUACUGACGUUAUUUUAUUUUCAUUUAAACCAACCUGACUGGUUAUUUUCCCUGUCACCCACUGUAGUGGGCCACGGGUUCUGUUUGUUCAGGAUAACUUCAUGCAUCUCCUGUAACCUUCACCCUCUUCGACCACUUGGCGUGUGAGAGGGGACUUCCAUCACAACACAGCCUGAUAGGAAACACUCUGGUUGGUUAAGUCCCUUAACAGUGUUUAUUUUGGUUGUGUGUGCGUGCGCAUUUUGUGUGUCAUUGUGUUUGAACAUAUCACAGCACUAUGACAUCUGCCAUUGCAGCUGCUAAUCAUAAGAAAUGCAACUCUUUCAGAUGUAUGUUGAGUUGUGGUCUAAGGCUAGUUUUUAUAUUGGCUGAAUUAGACUUUUCAACACUUGCUGUGUCACAGUUUGUGAUCCAGGCGUGGAGCUUUGAUAUAUUGUUUGCUGAUGUCCUCUGGAAAAAUGUCCCUGAUCAGAACCAUCUUCCAAUCGAAAUACCGGUUUCGUUCCAGAAAAAAUAGAAAUGAACAUUUAUUUAUUAAAUAACUUUAAUUUAAUAUGCCCCUGGGCAAAGUUGCUCUGUUUAAAAAAAAAAAUGAAAUCGAUCAGUUUUUCUACUGUUGAUGGUUUUAAAUGUCCUCGCAAAUGUUUUUAAAAAGACAAUGUGACUGAUGAUGAUUUCGAUGAUGAUGUUUAAAUGUGUAAGUGAUUUACAUAUUAAGGGAACCACGGCCUGAUAGAUAAUGACGCGUCGGAAUCUGUGGCCUGCACUUGUUCAUUCUGACCACCAGGGGGUCAAAAACAGCAAUCUGACGAUGUUUCAAUUUACACUUUGUUUUGUAAGAAUUACUUUAAAUUAUUUUUUAAACUGUUGAUUACGGUUUAAGUGUGUGUCACUGCUCUAUUUGUUUUUUGUUCUGUGUGGAAAUCAUAGCUUGGUCGUGGUAUCAUGCAAGAGUUGAGGUUAAUCAAAUACAGCCAUUGUAAUCAAAUGGAAAUUCAGAUGAAAGUAAAGCCAUUUUACUGGCUUUAAAAUAUGGUUCACAUGUACCGUUUAUCUAUCUAUAUAUAUAUAUAUAUAUAUAUAUAUAUAUAUAUAUAUAUAUAUAUAUAUAUAUAUAUAUAUACAUAUAAUAAAUUGACAGACGCCUAUGUUGCAUUUGCUUGCCAAUUUCCCCACUGAUGAACAUUUGUUCAAAGUACAAAAGGAGGUGGGGAGGUCGUGGGUUCUAAUUAAACGAACUGUAUAAUGGUUGAGGUUCCGAGUCCCGCUUCGACCAGAGGAGGGCGCUGAACCCUUGCAUUUCUCUUUUAGAUGUCAGAAAAUUACUUCCCUUUCAUCAAGAAUGUCACUACCAUUGCCUUACGACCCAACACUUUUUUUAUUUUGACAAACCAAAUAGCAAUAGAAUGGUAAUUAAAACACACAACACAUUUUAGUAUCCGUAUCAAUUGGCGACCAAACGAGAAGGAAUAGGGAGUCAUUUGUUCAUGUCAUCCCGACUCUAAUGCACUAACCGUGACUUCGGCUAGUCCUUCUCUCCCUCUCUCUGGUCUCACCGGGUCUCAGGCCAAUGAUCCACGGUGUGUGUCCGUUCAUACAUUGCACUUUUAUUAUUUAUGUUUAUGUUUCGUUUUAUUCAGAAAAUGUUUUGCGGUACUCAGGAACAUCAACAUGGGGCAACCUAAGGGAACGUGUGUGUGCGUGUGAGUGUGAUUUUUUUUGUUUUUUUUUGUGCAGGCGGCAGCUCUUAGCAUGUGCAGUGUGCGUGGAGGCGAGAUUUGUGAGAUGUGUGUGCGGAUUUGUGUGUGUGUGUGUGUGUGUGUGUGUGUGUGUGUGUGUGUGUGUGUGUCACAUUCACUCACACACACAAACACUGAUGUCCUCGUACCCAUAAAGGACUAGCUGUAUAGAUCAUGCUUUUGAAGAAAAAUGACAUAAAAGCAAUGUUGCAAAUGGCAAAUAAAUAUUAAUAAAAAUUAUCAAAAUUG